CACAGACCCACGGAGCACCGGGACCGAGCAGAACCGGGACGGAGGACACCAGAGGGGACAGAAAGAUGACGGAGAGCUCAAAGACUCAUGUGAUCCUGCUGUCCUGCGGCAGCUUCAACCCCAUCACGAAGGGACACAUCCAUAUGUUCGAAAAAGCCAGAGAGUAUCUGCACAAAACGGGUCGUUUCAUCGUGAUCGGAGGAAUCAUCUCUCCUGUGCACGACUCCUACGGCAAACCGGGUUUAGUCCCCAGCAGACAUCGCCUCACCAUGUGUCAGCUGGCGGUCCAGUCCUCUGAUUGGAUCAGGGUGGACCCCUGGGAGUGUUAUCAGGACACCUGGCAGACCACCUGCAGCGUUCUGGAGCACCACCGAGACCUGAUGAAGAGAGUCACCGGCUGUAUUUUGUCCAAUGUCAACACGCCAUCAACGACUCCUGUGAUUGGUCAGCCACAGAACCAGACCCCUCCCAUCUACCAGAACCACAGCAACAUGAACCACAAGCCGACAGCCAUCAAACUGUGGGGGAAAGUCAGUGAGAGUUUGGGGAGGAUCUGCUGCGUCCGCCCUCACAUGGAGAGAUUCACCUUCGUCGAUGAAAAUGCAAACCUUGGGACGGCAGUGAGGUACGAGGAGAUCGAGUUACGCAUCUUGCUCCUGUGUGGCAGUGAUCUCCUGGAGUCCUUCUGCAUCCCUGGCCUGUGGAAGGACAGUGAUAUGGAGGUGAUUGUUGGUGAUUUUGGCAUCGUGGUUGUUCCUCGUGAUGGAGCCGACACAGAGAGGAUCAUGAAUCACUCCUCCAUUCUCCGCAAGUUUAAGGACAACAUCGUCGUGGUCAAAGACGCCACGAGUCAUCCGAUGUCAAUCGUCAGCUCAACCAAGAGCAGACUGGCCCUGCAGCACGGCGACGGCCACGUUGUGGACUACCUGUGUCAGCCCGUCAUCGACUACAUCCUGCAGAGUCAGCUGUACAUCAACGCCUCGGGAUAGAGACCGCCGUCUGCACGCAUGAGAGCAGGGCGGAGCAGCAGGGAGCGGGGGGGUGUUGCCUAGAACCGCCAUCAUCUAUCUAAACACCCCACCACCCUCCAAAAAAAAUCAAAAAUAUCGUCCUUCUCUGUCUUCUGUGUCAAACAUAUACUCUUCUUUGAACUUUCCAACCGGGGCAUUCGUGUCCCGCCUUCUGUCUGUGUCAUGUGACCUUACCAUCAGGGACUGCUGGGGGGAGGGGGGCAUUCUGGGAUGAGCUGGGGUCAUCUCUAAGGGCUGCAGAGGUGUCAUUGUGCAUAUAUUUCCACUGCAGCGAUGACGGCAGUGUUUAAUCACUCUUUAUUCAACUUUGGGAAUGCAUGACACAGCCGGGCAUGCUCAGUACCGACGGCAGACCGGAGUAAACUCCUCUACUGUAUCAGGGCGGCCGUUAGCUGAAGGAGACACAUUUGGGCCUCAUGCAAGAACCCUUCAUAGUGACGAGUGGUGACAGCGGCACGGAUGAAUGGAAGCUUUCUCACAGCCGUCAGAGGGCUGCAGGAGAAAACCAGAGCGCUGAGAAUGAGAGAGCAGAGGGUUGGCACACUGCAGGAUAGAUAAAGUCCACCAGAAACAGGAUUAUACAGAAGUUUCAGUCCUCAAUUUAAACCGUCCCUCCUUAAAAACAACCGUUUUCUCAGGUUUAAUCUUAGAAUGAAACUAGACCCUAGAGCAGUGAUUUUCAAACUUUUUCACCCAAGGCACACCGCAUUCAUAUCAAUACAAAAUAGACUUGGUAAAUAAAGUUACAGUCAAGGUGGCCUAUAAGAGGAGAUAAAGGGGAGAGC